GAGUCAGACUGACUUGAAGAGACUUCCAGCAACCCUGCGACUAAUCAAAACCUGACUGAACCUGACUCCUCACUCACUACUUACACUGAUAGUUGUCCAGAAAAGUAGACUGAGGUGGUUAAGUUCUCCAGAAAGUAUUGGAGAUCAGGCAACCUUGCUGAUCAAGAUCAGACAUACUCAAGACUGAAGAGCCACAGGUCACUAAGAAACAACAGAAGUCUGUGCCACAGAGCGUAAAGAUGCAGGAGAAAGGCUUCUUCAUCCAAAGGAAAGCAGCAGUAGCACUGUGCAUUGUGCUGCUAGUGCUGGCUCAGCAGGUGUGUGCAGGCCCGUUGGUCCAACAGCUCCAGUCCAACUCUGACCAGAAGGCAGAUUCAAGCCGGGUCCACACACUGAAGAGGAUAGCUCGGAUGACCCCGCUGUGGAGGAUCAUGAACAGUAAACCAUUUGGAGCUUACUGCCAGAACAACUAUGAAUGCUCCACGGGACUCUGCAGGGCGGGACACUGCUCCACCAGCCACCGUGCCCCCUCAGAGACUGUGAACUACUAGACGUCCCAGGACACAACCAGCGUGUUUACAUGAGUCUACAGCCAUAAUCUUUAUGAGGGGUUCUCUUAGAUGGGGAUAUGCACUUAUCCAGGUCUUUUUUUUUAUUUUAAAAACAGUUUUGUAUUUAUACGCACCAAUACGUUUCUGAUGAUAUCUAAAUGUUUAUAUGAAUGUACUCAGCAGGUAGUUAGCCAACAAAAGGCAUAUCGGGGGGGAAUAUUGAUGUAUUUCAAAUAGUAACAUGAGAGUUAUCAUUUAAAUUAAGAUAGCAGGAGAUGGGUGAGGCAGUGGUGUAAAGUGAAAUAAUGUAAGCGGGGAGUCAUUUAGCCUUUUAUUACAUGAUAGGAUGUGAUGCGAUCACCCAAAACCAUUUCCUGGUUUUGAACGAGGGUGAAGAAGAACUAAAUAGACUUGUUCCUUACUGCUACGGACCAAAAUCUUUCAGCCCUGAUCUCAAAGCUGAGACACAAUGACAACAAAAGAAAACAUUUUUAAUCUUAGAGGCUCUGUACUGUCAGUUACCGUGGCCUUGUCUCCACAAAUGAUGAUUUAGUCUGAUUUCUGCGUGUCUUGUCAACAAGGUUGCAUUGGCAACAGAACAUCGUGUAACUGAUCUCAUGACGUCUGACAUUGACAUAAUGUUUUUAAUAAACUAUUAUUAACACUUUUUUAAAAAUAUAGCUGUGCGCUAUAGACAGCUGUCUUCAGACAUAGACAAAAUUUGUUUUACAUCCUCAUGACCGAACUGGUUACUUCAUGAAGGUCUGACAAAUAUUUCAUUUUAGCAAUGAGGCUCUUUAUCUGUUGUUUUUCUUUUUGUAACAAAUAACGGUGGGUGGAGCAGGGAGCUGUGUAAACUGCAAGGGAGGCUGUGAGCCUUUCAUACGCUCCUGACCUCUACAUAUUUCUAGAUUUUGUCACCACUGCGUCGUGUUGUGUUGUAUUUGAUAAGCUAUCACUUGAAUGUGUCCUUAGAAAGUCUAAUCAUUCCACUACUACUGUGAAAACACACAUGGUUCCUCUUUUCCCCCAAGAGGAAUCAUUUGGUUUAGUUUGCUGCCGACACACCAUCUUUUAACAGUUAAUUAUUUAAAUAAUGAGUUACACCUACAUCUGCUAGUAACCAGCAGGAAUAUCAACAAUACUAGACACAUUUUCACAACCGACCAAUAGUAAAAAGUAAAUGACAUUGUAGCUGACUUUUAAUUUUUGAAUGCCACUUAUAGUGUGUUUGACUUCCAGAAAUUUCAGGAAUUGUUAGGUCACCCGUAUCAAUCCAACCCAACACCCAAUAGACAUGUCCUUUGGCCAAAAACGAAAAAAUUUACCUGUUUUCACUUAAUUAAAGUACCCAAACAACUGUAAAAUUAGGGGAUCACAGCCAACUGUCGGAGGCAAAAAGUGUUAAAGAGCUAGAAGGAGAAAAGUAGGGAAAAGGGUGUAAAAGAAAAUGUCCUGUGGUGCAAAAAGGAAAGGAGAAAAGAUAAGACGAAGCAAACAGAAGGAGCAGAGGUUACAAAAUAUCGAUGCAAUGCUCGAGCGCCCUCAACAUUUCAACAUCUUCAUGUUUUUUAUUUGAGUUUUAUUAUUUUGAAGGUUAUAUUUAAAGUAGGCAGAGCGUCCCGUCAACAUUUCCAAGCACGUCUGCCGAGUUCAGAAUUACUCAACCACAAACUAAUACUUCUGAAUACACUCAACAUUAUUCACAAUGUAUGUAAUGCAUGCAUGUUGAUUUGGUGUAAUGCAGUGAUUCUUUGGUACUUUAUUUAUUUUUUAUCAAUGUCAAAAAUGUACUCAUCAUUUUAUUUAGUUUAUAUAUAUAUAUCUUUUUGAUUAUCCAGUGGGAACUUUCAGAUAUCUACUUGCUCAGUCAAUCUUAAAUUUGUAACCACUAACAAAUUUAACAAAUGUCUUGGCUAAGUGUACAAAUGUUGGCAACAGAGUCUUAAUUACAAGCUGCACAGUCUUUUUUUGCACAUCCAUCUCCUAAAAUUGAUUGACUCGCCUGCAUAGUUUACGUCAUGCACAGAGCAGGUGGUUGCUGAUGUUUUGUCCACUCAGCAUGUUGGAAAAAUGUUUAGGAUUGCACUUUUAAACUCAAAUGAUCUUUGUACUGUGUAUCGUCUGCUGUAUUACUUACAUGUAGAAGGCUGGAGAAAAAGUGGAAUAAAAGCAUUUAAAUAAA